AUGGAUCGUCAAUCUUUGAACAGUGCGACCACGGCGCCUUUGCUCUCCAAUGCCAUGCCGCCGCCUGAAUCCGAUUUUGCGGAGGAGGGGCCCCAAUUACAUGGCUUUGAAUGGAGACAAGAACGCCCAUCAACUAGAAGCACCGCAACCGCACCAGUCGAUUCAACCUCAUCCCAAAGACAACCAUGUACACCGCGCGCCCCUUCGCCCGAAGAAGCUCCAGCUCCAGCUGGAGCUCUCCAAGACGCCGCACCAGCUCCUACAAACACUAAACCCCUCUCCAAAAAUGCGACCUACCUCUAUACAGUCUCCCACCUCAUCUUCUUCGCAAUACUCGGCACCCUAGCACGUCUAGGCCUUCAAGCCCUAACAUUCUACACCGGCGCCCCAGUUAUCACAGGCGUCCUCUGGGCAAACGUCACAGGUAGCCUGGUAAUGGGCUUUCUCGUCGAAGACAAGAUCCUAUUUAAAGAAGAAUGGGGCGCACACAACUCCAGCGCACCAGGACAAAAAGCUAUCAAAAAGACUAUCCCGCUAUACAUCGGCCUCACAACCGGAUUCUGUGGCUGCUGUACUUCUUUCUCUUCUUUUAUCCGCGACGUCUUUCUCGCCCUAUCGAAUUCCCUCCCAGACCCCUCGCUAGACUCCUCCAUCCCCUCUCGAAGCGGCGGAUAUAGCUUCAUGGCUCUCGUCGCCGUAAUCCUUCUCACGGUAUCGCUUAGUCUUUCGGCGCUUAUUUUCGGCGCACACCUCGCUCUUGCAUUGGGUCCUUAUACACCUGUCAUAUCAUUUAGGUUGACGCGCCGCUUCUUAGACCCUGCAAUGGUUUUCCUAGGGUGGGGAUGCUGGCUCGGUGCUGUCUUUAUGGCUAUUUGGCCACCGGAUCGGAAUAUUGCGGUAGAGAACUGGCGAGGACGUGCGGUAUUUGCCAUUGUCUUUGCGCCAGUAGGGUGUCUAUUGAGAUUUUAUGUGUCGCUUCAUUUGAAUACUCGGAUUCCUGCUUUUCCAGUUGGGACGUUCGUGGUUAAUAUGUUUGGGACGGGGAUUGAAGGGUUAUGUUUUAAUUUACAGCAUGUCGGUGCGAUUGCGGGUUUUGCGGGCUCAGUGACAGGAUGUCAAGUUUUGCAGGGUGCUAUGGAUGGAUUUUGUGGAGCAACUACGACGGUUAGUACUUGGGUUGCGGAGUUGAAUGGGUUGUCGAAAAGGAGGCAUGCUUAUUCCUAUGGCAUUGCGAGUAUUACUGUGGCACUUGGAUUGUUGGUUGUUAUUAUGGGAUCUUUAUUAUGGACGAGAGGAUUUGAUACCCCGGUUUGUGGAUGA